UGCAUUGCGGGCACUGUAUUUUUCCAAGAUGGCGACUCCAAUGGAGGUUGGUCAAGGCGAGGAAAAACCUGUUAUUGCGAAUUCUGCCACGACUGGCAGCGUUUCUGUCGCCUUGCAUCCACUAGUGAUUUUGAAUAUAUCAGAACAUUACACCAGAAUACGGGCACAAGAAGGAAAACCGAACCCGCAAGUUGUUGGUGCACUGUUGGGAACGCAAGAUGGACGCAGCAUGGAGAUUUUUAAUUCAUUUGAGCUACAAUUUGACUCAUUUGAUGAUGGUCAUAUUGUCAUCAACAUGGAAUAUUACAAGACUAAGGAGGAGCAAUUUCGACAAGUGUUUAAAAAUCUGGAUUUUCUUGGAUGGUACACCACUGGGAGUGGAGCCCAAGGAAGUGAUCUGGGGAUCCACAAACAGAUAUGUGAAAUCAACGAAAGCCCGAUAUUUCUCAAGCUGAACCCACUUGCUAGAACAAAUGAUUUACCUAUAAGCAUGUACGAGUCUGUAAUUGAUCUAGUUAAUGGAGAGACUAGAAUGUUGUUUGUGGAGAUUCCUUAUACAUUGGCCACUGAGGAAGCAGAGAGAAUUGGUGUAGAUCACGUCGCAAGACUGUCCUCAUCUGGGACAGUUGAUGGCGCAACAGUAUCUGACCAUCUUCUCGCCCAGUAUAAUGCCAUUAAGAUGCUGCACGCUCGAGUAAAGAUGAUCAUGGAAUAUGUCAAAGCUGUCAAAGCAGGUGAAGCACCGUGCAACCAUGAGAUCAUGAGAGAUGCCCUGAGUCUCUGUCAAAGAUUACCUGUCAUGAAGACAGAUAUAUUCAAGGGAGACUUCUAUGAUCAAUGCAAUGAUGUCAUGCUGAUGUGUUACUUGGCAACCGUAACCAAGGGCUGCAACAGCCUUAAUGAGUUUAUCAACAAGUUCAAUGUGGUCCAUGACAGACAUGGAAUGGGACGCCGCAUGCGUGGACUGCUAUUUUAAUCUUCAUCAUCUGUAACGACUGAGGAAAGUGAACUUACUUAACCGCCCCCCUUCUAGGGGAGAGCACACAUUUAGCUCUUUCCUCCAACCUUGAAGCUGUACCAACCAACCUAGCUUUGCAUCCUUAAAUUUGAAGGAUAAAGACUUGCCUCUAUGCCCUCCCCAUAGUAAUUGAAGCUGUACUAAUUCUUCAACUCUCUCCCCAACCUCAAUGUUAAAAUGCACCCUCCCCACCCCCCACCCCCCUCUGAUUGGAUCACCCUCAAUGACAACGAAACCCCUUCUAUAAAUACUGUGUUUUUUCCCUCCUUAUCCAACCUUAACUUGAUAAGCUCUGAGAGUGGUAUCACCAAAACAAAAUAGAAGUGUAUUUUCUAUUAAAUGAACGUGAUCAAUCCCUUUUGAGAGGAAAGUUUUUCUCCAUGAUUGUAAAUAUAUUGCAACAAAUAAAAUUAUCAUUGUUUGA